UAAAUUUUAAGGUAAAUGAAUUUUUAAUAAUGCGAUUAUAGCAAGGUUUUAUAAAUAAAAUUUUACAUAUAUUCUAUUAUUGUCAAUGUUAUUGUGGGACUAUUUACUUUUGAAUAGUUUACAUGAAAGCAGUUACUCGGUUUGCUUAGUUACACAUUUUGUUUUGAAUAGUUUUCUAAGGGAAAAUUUAGCGAAAUCUGCAAAUAUGUCUCGUUCAGCGGGUACACUAAUUACUACAAACCAGGCGACUUAUAUUCCACCUAGAUUUAUGCCUGGAUAUCACGGGCAUGUUCCCACAUUAAAGUUUAGCUAUGCACAGACGUACGGAAAUGCGACUGCCCAAUACAUGCAGGACUAUAGGAGUAAAACUCUAGAGGAGAGUAAGAACCAGUAUUGGGCUGGGGGCUACUUUCCGACAAUUUACUCUCAUAAGCCAGACCUUGUAAUUGGGAAUAGGACUCGAUCACGUGACCGCUGGUUAACCGAACCGAGAUAUAGGUUGAAUGUACGAGAUCACGACAGACAAGAAAAUCUAAUACAUCUUGAUAAGCUUGCAUCUGCCAAGCGCGACCACUAUUUGGAUAAAAGUGGCACUGUACCAAAAGUUGAAUAUUUUCAAAUACCAGUGCCAGCAGAACAACAAUUUAGAAGACAUGUACCUUAGUAAGUGGUAAAAAGACAUUGUGCACAUAUACCAAUGUAUAUAUUCUAGCUUGAAUAAACAUAUUGAAUAAUUACAUAUUACCAUGUUGCUUUUAAAUUGUCACGUAAUACAACAAUGUUAACUGCAUGGUUUCUAACAAACAAUCACAGCGUGUGUGUUGCAUUGGAAUUCUUUUUUUUUUUACAUACUCAAGGUGAGGGUACAUAUAUAAGUAUAUAUAUAUAUCUUUUUUUUAACUCUAGCCAUGAACUCUAUCAAUCAAAUAACGUUUCAAUUUAUUUUUUUGUAUUCGAUUUCUACAGCAUUGUUAGGGGAGAACGCUACUCUUCUCAAAUUGUGGUCGAUAACCCUGAUCAUCUAGCUAGAAGGACCCCUAUUCCAUCUAAUAAAGCAGAGGCAGUUUUACCAAAGAAAGAAGAACGGGCAAUUCGAGAUGUCCAUUUUGAAAAUCGAGGUAAACGAGGAGCAGAAAAUGAUACUGCAGAAGAUAAAAUGAAAUAAUUCCGAUAGAAUCUAUAUAAAAAAUGCCUGUAUAUUUGGUAUUCUUUACGUAUAAACAUUCCCACCUACAGUAUUGGAUUUUUGUGAUAAAAGUUCACAAGUGAAUGAAUGCAUACAAUUUUUUUUUACUUAUAUUAUUAUUCUAUUUGAUUUAAUCUUUAAUUUUUUAUUUUAAUAAUAAAAUUAAGCCUCUUUUUUUUACAUCUAAUAAA